GCUCCAGUUCCUGAUUAAUGAGAAUAUGAAUAUUUACAUGGUGAUGGCUGUGGGAAUCUGACAACUGGGAGUAGCUGUUUGCUUUCAGUUUUGGAAAAGCACAUGUAGGUAAGUGAGCCACCGCAGGCAGUCAGCUAUGAUUGCCAUUUUGGCCCCACAUCUUCUCUUCUUCCUUGAAAUACAAAGAUGGGGCAAACACCUUGAGAAAGAAGAUGACCUGGUCUGAAACUGCUGGAAGUAAGAAUGAAGAGUACAAAGCUUUGAUACUCUGAAUCCUUUUAGUUUCUCUGCUUCAAAGUGAUAGAGAUAAGAGGAUGCUUUCUAGUGAAAGGAAGGGUAUGUGGGCUUCCUAUAUUUCUGUUUUCCAAUAGUCAUGUUGUAGCAAUAGGAGUUACACAGUAGAGGAGCCCUCAUAGAAUUUCAAAUUGGAAAGCACUUGGAGAGAUCAUUUAAUGUAAAUCUUGUCUUCAGAGCUAUUUUAGAUAAAUGAUAUAAAUAUAAAAGAUAUUUUCUCUUAGAUAAAUGAGAAACUCUCCUAUUUUAAAAGAGGGAAAUUUUAAGAUUUCUCAUAAUAACCUAAAGGACUGGAAUUGCAAAUCUUUUUUUGAAAUUAAAGUUCUUCGUGUUGCGUCUUUUGUCUUAUUCUCUCAGUGCAGAUAAGGAGUAUCUUCCUCUUUUGAGGAAAAACAUUCAUAUGUCUUAAUAAAUCAGCCUUAGCCUAUAGAUUCUUAAUCCUAUUCAUACAUCAGAAUCACCUCUGGAGAUUUUUAAAAAUACACCUGCAAUGGUCCUUGCUCUGAAAUUUCUGGUUUGUCAGGUCUGGGGUGAGACUGAGCCCCCUGCAUGAUUCUCAAAUACUGCCAAGGGUUUUCUUCUCCAGACUUAAUAGUAUUUAAUAGUAUCAGCUGUUUUAACUUUCUAAAUUAGUCAGAUUUUUCAGCCCUUUGGACACUGAAAUUAUACAGUGCUGAAUGCUAUUUUUGUUUUCCAUAUCAUUCUAGUAGUAGAAUUAUGAUCCAAGCAGAGUACAUUCAUAAGGAUUCAUAAGGAUUUGUCUUAAGGCAAAUAAAAUGGGAAGGUUACUUCAUAUCAUAUAGUCAAGGAAGGAUGAACUAUAGGGACCAAGUAACUUAUAGUCUGACUUCUAAUUUUACAUAGCUAGUUAUCAACUAUAACUAUAUCCAACUAGAUCCUAGUACACUUUUAGUUAAUAAGGUUAAAUUAUACUUUAAAUUGUUGAAGUUGAAACAAUUUUUAUACAUACGUAUACACAUGAUACACUCUUUUACAUCUGCUGUUUAGAAUUUGGGUGAGGCAAAUGUUUCUCAGAACUAAAUCUACUGGCAGAGAGUUUUGAAAUUUGGGAAGAUUUUUUUGGUAGCUCUUUAGUAGCAUUAAUGUGUGUAAAUGUAUUCUAUAUAAAAUACAUUACACUUUAUUUUUAAGGGAGCUCUUGUGAGUGCCUUGGCUGAUGACACCUUACAUUUAUGGAAUUUACGUCAAAAGAGACCUGCCAUACUACAUUCACUUAAAUUUUGCAGAGAAAGGGUUACGUUUUGCCAUCUGCCUUUCCAGAGUAAGUGGCUCUAUGUGGGCACUGAACGAGGUAAUAUACAUAUUGUCAAUGUGGAGUCCUUCACACUCUCAGGCUACGUCAUUAUGUGGAAUAAAGCCAUUGAACUGUCAUCUAAAUCUCACCCAGGACCUGUCGUCCAUAUAAGUGAUAAUCCAAUGGAUGAAGGAAAGCUUUUGAUUGGCUUUGAAUCUGGAACAGUAGUGUUAUGGGACCUCAAAUCAAAGAAAGCAGACUACAGAUACACCUACGAUGAGGCUAUCCACUCUGUUGCUUGGCAUCAUGAAGGAAAACAAUUUAUUUGCAGUCAUUCAGAUGGCACUUUGACUAUAUGGAAUGUGAGAUCCCCUGCUAAGCCUGUACAGACGAUAACUCCACAUGGAAAACAGUUAAAGGAUGGGAAGAAGCCAGAACCAUGCAAGCCUAUCCUCAAGGUGGAAUUCAAAACGACUAGACCUGGGGAACCUUUUAUUAUUUUAUCAGGAGGUUUGUCAUACGAUACUGUAGGAAGAAGACCUUGCUUAACAGUUAUGCAUGGGAAAAGUACUGCAGUGCUAGAAAUGGACUAUUCAAUUGUUGAUUUCCUGACGCUGUGUGAAACCCCAUACCCAAAUGAUUUUCAAGAACCAUAUGCUGUGGUUGUUCUACUAGAAAAGGAUUUAGUACUUAUAGACCUUGCACAAAAUGGGUAUCCUAUAUUUGAAAAUCCCUACCCUUUGAGUAUACAUGAAUCCCCUGUUACAUGUUGUGAAUAUUUUGCUGAUUGUCCUGUGGACCUUAUUCCUGCACUUUAUUCUGUUGGAGCUAGACAGAAACGUCAAGGUUACAGCAAAAAGGAAUGGCCCAUUAAUGGAGGCAAUUGGGGCUUGGGUGCUCAAAGCUACUCAGAAAUAAUUAUUACAGGGCACGCUGACGGGUCAGUUAAGUUCUGGGAUGCUUCUGCGAUAAAUCUACAAGUAUUAUAUAAAUUAAAGACAUCUAAAGUAUUUGAAAAGUCAAGAAAUAAAGAUGACAAGCCAAACACAGACAUUGUAGAUGAAGAUCCAUAUGCCAUUCAGAUCAUCUCCUGGUGUCCAGAAAGUCGAAUGUUGUGCAUAGCUGGAGUUUCAGCUCAUGUCAUUAUUUAUAGAUUCAGCAAACAAGAAGUGAUUACAGAAGUCAUUCCGAUGCUUGAAGUUCGGUUGUUAUAUGAGAUAAGUGAUGUGGAAUCUCCAGAGGGUGAACAGGCACCACCUUUGCCAACACCAGUUGGGAGUGCCAAUCCUCAGCCCGUUCCUCCUCAGUCUCAUCCUUCUACCAGUAGCAGUUCAUCUGAUGGGCUUCGUGAUAACGUCCCUUGUUUGAAAGUUAAAAAUUCUCCACUUAAGCAGUCUCCAGGUUAUCAGACAGAAUUAGUUAUUCAGUUGGUAUGGGUGAGUGGAGAACCACCGCAACAAAUAACCAGUCUGGCAGUUAAUUCUUCCUAUGGAUUGGUAGUUUUUGGCAAUUGUAGUGGCAUUGCAAUGGUCGACUACCUCCAGAAAGCAGUACUCCUCAACCUGGGCACUAUUGAAUUAUGCGGCUCCAGUGAUCCUUAUCGGAGAGAACCCCGAUCUCCUCGUAAAUCUCGACAGCCUUCAGGAGGUAUGCUGAUUGUGACUUCUUGCAUGUGCGGCGUUUCUAGCUUAUAUUCUGAAUCUGUGAAAAAACUCCGUUCUUCUUUUUUAACAGGUCUGUGCGAUAUUAGUGAAGGGACUGUAGCUCCAGAAGAUCGCUGCAAAUCUCCAACUUCUGGUUCUUCAUCACCACACAAUUCAGAUGAUCAACAAAAAGUGAAUAAUUUUAUAGAAAAGGUGAAGAUCAAAAGCAGAAAGUUUUCCAAGAUGGUAGCCAGUGAUAUAGCAAAAAUGUCAAGGAAGUUAAGCUUGCCUACUGACCUAAAGCCUGACUUAGAUGUAAAAGAUAAUUCCUUCAGCCGAUCACGGAGUUCAAGUGUAACCAGCAUUGAUAAAGAAUCCCGAGAAGCAAUCUCUGCUCUUCAUUUCUGUGAAACUUUUACUCGAAAGGCAGAUUCAGCCCCCUCCCCAUGCUUGUGGGUUGGUACUACAUUGGGAACAGUGCUUGUCAUUGCACUGAACCUUCCCCCAGGAGGAGAGCAAAGACUUCUUCAGCCAGUAAUUGUGUCUCCAAGUGGUACUAUAUUGAGGUUAAAAGGGGCAGUCCUGAGAAUGGCAUUCCUGGAUUCCACAGGCUGCUUAAUGCCACCCGCAUAUGAAUCCUGGAAAGAACACAAUGUUCCUGAAGAGAAGGAUGAAAAGGAGAAAUUGAAAAAACGAAGACCUGUCUCUGUAUCUCCCUCCUCUUCUCAGGAAAUUAGUGAAAACCAGUAUGCAGUGAUAUGUUCUGAAAAGCAAGCAAAAGUAAUCUCACUGCCAACUCAGAACUGUGCUUAUAAGCAAAACAUUACAGAGACCUCAUUUGUUCUUCGUGGAGAUAUUGUAUCAUUGAGUAACAGUAUCUGCCUUGCCUGCUUCUGUGCCAAUGGACACAUUAUGACUUUUAGUUUGCCAAGUUUAAGACCUCUAUUGGAUGUGUAUUACUUGCCCCUUACCAAUAUGCGGAUAGCCAGAACGUUCUGCUUCACCAACAAUGGACAAGCAUUAUAUCUUGUUUCACCUACAGAAAUCCAGAGACUCACUUACAGUCAAGAGACCUGUGAAAAUCUUCAGGAAAUGUUGGGUGAACUCUUCACUCCUGUAGAAACACCUGAAGCACCAAACAGGGGAUUCUUUAAAGGCUUGUUUGGAGGUGGUGCACAAUCUCUUGAUAGAGAAGAACUAUUUGGAGAAUCAUCCUCGGGAAAGGCUUCAAGAAGUCUUGCUCAGCAUAUCCCUGGCCCUGGUGGCAUCGAAGGCGUGAAAGGAGCAGCAUCUGGAGUUGUUGGUGAAUUAGCACGAGCCAGGUUGGCACUAGAUGAAAGAGGGCAGAAACUUAGUGACCUGGAAGAAAGAACUGCAGCUAUGUUAUCCAGUGCAGAUUCAUUUUCUAAACAUGCUCACGAGAUGAUGUUGAAAUACAAAGAUAAGAAGUGGUACCAGUUCUGACAACCAGAAAUCCAACUAAGUCCAACUUUAGCCAGAAGGAAAAAGAAUUUUCCUAUUUUAUUUUAUUGAUUUCACUUUAGGAAAGUUAACAUUAAAGAGAUGUUCAUCACUGGAUACUGCUCUUUCCUAGCACAGUCAUGCACUGUUUGACCUCAGUCAUGCAGCUUUAACUGAGGAGUGUUCACACACACUCAACGUGGAGUAUAUGCUGUGGACCAGCUACGAGUUGACAGUUUGGGAACUAGGAUGGUCACAUGUUACAAAUGAAGAAACAGGGAUGUUGAGGGGACAUAGCAGGGACUUUUCCUGGGUCAGUCCUGUAUAAAACUUUCACAUGCCGAAAGAUUCUGUGCUGUCAUUAUCUGCCAUCGUUGUUUGACCUCUUUGAGGGAGAGGCAAUAAGUCAGAAGUCCUGAAGCUGAAACAGUUAUAUUUGUGUCACUGACUGACUUAUAAAUGGCUGUCUUGGACUUUCCCUCCCUUCAACUGACUGGUCAUCAGUAUCAUUAGUGAAAAAGAAACAAACUGUUUAUUACCAUAUCUUUAGACAGAUAAGCUGAAUGGUGGGCUUUAAAUAAUAAAAACAUACACAUAGUUGACUUGUGUAUGGGCUACUCUUGGAUUCUUGUUAUUGUAUACUUGUGUUUAGUCCAUAUUUUGUCAAAAGCAAAACAAGGCGAUACAUCACUUUUCAUUGAAAAGAAAAGUGUAGAGCAUGACUGAACUGCUCAUCAUUCUGGGAGUUUCCAUGUAAUGGCUAUGCAGUGUGGAAAGUGAGAAAAACCUCCAUUGUGGUGAGGAGAAUACUUCAAUGUCCCUUGUCCUUGUUCUCAUUAAUUCAGCUAAACGUGGAUUUGACCAAAAUAGUUACUGGUUAAAUUUGUAGAAAUGUUGAAAUUGGCUAAGUUUUUAAUUUUGCUUGAAUUUUUAUAAAAUGUUUAACCUAAUGUACCUUUGCAUUACUUAAUUAAAAUUGCUUAAAAAAAUGUUUCAUUAUUUCAGUAAAAUGUUCAGCUCCCUUUUUAAUAUGCCCUUUACUUGCUAACAGUUCCAGUACACUCAGGUGAUGAGCCAAUUAAAUCUUAGUGCACAUGCUGUCGCAUGGAAAAAAUCACAAGCAUCCUUUGUCAAUAAUUAUCUAUGUAAGAGUCUAGUCUGAUGACGUACAAAGUAUUUUCUGUAGAAAUAUACUAUAAAACUGUUCAUGUCCUUUCAAGGUUUUAAAAAGCCAAAAGGAAAGGAAAAUAUGUGCAUUUUGGUAACUAAAUUAUUCCUGUAUUGGAGUAUAAAGCAGAUGAGACCAUCAGUGGACAAUAAAUGAUUGGUCCCUAGAAUAGCACACAGACAGAAAAGAGAUGACGGGGUAGAUCUGAAGUAGGUAAGCUCAUUCUGCAGGCUCAUCUGAGAUUAUUACUGAUUGUUCUUAAAGCAACAAAGGACGAAUAAUAUAGAAGAUUAUACGUAGUAUUAAUGAAAUUUAAAUAUUUUCUUCUAUAAAAAAUAGUUUAAAACAGUUUUCUUUUGUCAUUAAGAGAUAAUCAGAGCACAAAUUGAUAGCAAACAUGAUGGUUGUUUUUCUAUUCCAUAUGAUCAUUAAAGAUAUAUUGUAGAACACCUUAAUUUCACAGUCUGUUAUGCAUUUUUCCUCUUUCCUCUUUUCAUUAAUAAAGCUCUUAUGUUUACAUUUUAUAACGUGCACUAUGGGAUAUGAAAGUUUACAUUAAAAUUUACUUUAAAUAUCAUUAGGGAGGGAUUAAAUAUAUGUGAUGGAGAUAACUGAUCAAGCCAAAAGAAAUAUUUUAAAAAUAGUCAUUCUCAAAAGUUUUUGACUUUGUAGAAAGUACCUAUGAGUAACAUUUCUGUUAGUUAAUGUCAGCUAUAUGAUGAACAUGUAGCAGUUUACAAGUUGUUUAAUUUGUAUCAUAUAUUAUCUAAUAAACCCAUUGUUCCAUGAUAUGUCACAGGAAGUAUUAAGCCGUUUUUUAAAGGUACAGUUUUGUGAAUGUCACCAAUAAAAUCAGUAGUUAACGGAUUUGAAGUUGAGAAGCACUAAGUAAAGUAAUAUACUGGUUGAUUCCCCAUUCAUGUGUAAGGGCAUAUUAGCUCCAAUUAUUUAAUUUGCUAUGUUAUUUCGUGUUAAUUGUAUAUCAACUUAAUUUUUAUAUCAACUGUCAUUUUUCCUGUUGUAUAUAAAAUGAACCAAUCUUGUAAUUAUUUUCAAAUAGAGAAGUUAGAUACAUUUACCUGAGAUGGGUUUUAUAAGAAAAUCUUAAAUCAAUAUUUCAAGUUAUUUUAUUUCAUUUUUAAAUUAAUCUACAAAUUAUGCACAGCAAACUAGAAACUCACUUAGGAUUAGAAAGCUUGAAGUAUUUUUGAAAAUAGGAAAUAAGCUUCUCAGAGUUAUACUUGAUUCAGUCUGUAGAUAAGAGACAGUCUGCAGUGAUAAACUAACCCAGGGAAUUUAUUGUAAUUUGAGAGGUAACAUCUCUUAUUUUUUUUCUAACGCAAAAAGUUGCAGUCACCAGCAAGCCAAGAUUUCAGGAAAACAAACCAAAAAUUAAAAAAAAAUAGUCAAAAUAGAAAAUAUUAGAAAAGUGAAAGAUUUUUGUGUGCUUCCUCCAUAUCUUCAAACAUUAUUCUUUGUUGCCUGUGUCCUUGACUCUCAAAUCAUUGAAGUAUUCACUGAUUAGCAGUUUGUCAGUAGGAAGUGGUUUCCCUAUAUGUACCACAUAUCUGGUUCAUUUUACUCUUCAAACUAAAAUCCAUAUGUAUUUGCUUAGAACGUUAUUUGAAACCUUAUAUUCUGACCAUUUCUGUAUAUUACAACAUUUGAAGUUUUCAAUUAUCUUAAUUCCCUUGGUUUGCAUUUCAAUUGUACAAGGUGUUUCCAAAAAUGGUUAUGGAUAUAACUGAGCUAUUACUAACUUCUUAAUUUGAUUUUUUUAUGGAUGGGAAAAAGUGCUGCUAAUUGUCUAUGUUAUUAUGUGUACUGUAUUACAAUUUAAGUACAGUACUUUAAAGAAAGAAACAUUUUCUUUUGCUUAGAACUUUUUAAUUGUAGGUUUCUCUGAAGUUAUUUCAUGUAGAUAUGUGUUUUAAACAAGUCUGAAAGUGUUACAUACUUUUAGGUUACAGGGGGUGGUGAGAAAACAGCAGAGGAAAGAAAAAACAUGUGAAAGAUACCAUGGACUUCAAAGUUUUACCCUGAGUUCUGUAUUCCAUAUAUGUUUUGCUUAAGGCAUUUUUUCAUGUGACAUUAGAAAAGCUAUAUCCAAAGGUAAAUUUUUUGUGGCAAAGAUUUAUUUUACAUUUUAACUUCUGGGAUUUUGUUUAUUUGUUUUUCCAAAAUAAAGAGCACUGAACUUCAAACUUGAAUUUUUUCUGCAAUUUUUUAUGUAAUGAAAACUUUUUAUUAUCAUUUAAUUCACAUUUCUCCGUUCAAAUCAAGUGAUAUGUAUGUAUAAAACAUACCAAAAUUGUGAAUAUGCUGCUAGCUGCACCUUAAAUGAUCAUAGUUUUAAAACCUUCAAUAAGGUUUUAUAUAGUUUUGAAGGAAAAAAAAAUAGUAAAAUCAUUUGCUGUUUGUUUCAGCGUUCUAGGUCUUAAAUUAUUGCAACACUUUCAGAUUUGUUUUAAGAUCAUACAGUAACGUGUUAUAUUUAUACAUACUGCUAGAGAAUAUACUUUUAGUUUUAAAAUGGAAUUUUUAUAAAUGUACUCUUUAAUUUUAAAAAUGGUGAACUUGUUAAGUUUAAGUCAAAGUACUUAAAAAGUAUGUAUAUUAUCCAUACAAAAAGUUAUGUUUUACGCUUAUAAUAAGAAAUAUUGGUAUCUCAUAUCGAGAUACAAUUAAUUUUAAAGAAUCAUACAUCAUUCAAAAGUCUUCACACAUGACAGGAAAGAUAUCAUUACUAUGGUUUAAAAGAAACCCUCUAUUGAGCAUUUUCAAAUAUUAAUUUUAUUUUGGGGAAAAUGCCCACAACAAUAAUUACAAGAUCUUUCUCAGUAGCUGCAGCUUGCUGUUGGAUGCCUACCUUAAUUAUUGUUUUAAAAUAUAUAUAUAUUUAAAAUAGUUUUCCAGAUAUUUUCUUCUACCUUUUUUAAAAAUAAAUUUCCAAAAAUGAAAACAGA